AUGGAGAACGAUUUUAAGAUUGACUCAUCAUCUACCUUUGCUCUUCAAAGUUCUUCAGAGACAUUGUUUUCCAUUCAGCUGUUAGAUUUCAGAACUAGUUUACUGGAAGCAUUAGAAGAAUUACGUAUGCGAAGGGAAGCAGAAAUUCAAUAUGAAGAGCAGAUUGGUAAAAUUAUUGUGGAGACACAAGAACUUAAAUGGCAAAAUGAAACUCUUCAGAAUCAAAAGGAAACAUUAACAAAGCAACACAAAGAAGCAAUGGCAGUUUUUAAAAAGCAGUUGCAAAUGAAGAUGUGUGCCUUGGAAGAAGAAAAGGGAAAAUAUCAACUUGCUACAGAAAUAAAAGAAAAAGAAAUAGAAGGAUUGAAAGAAACAUUAAAAGCAUUACAGGUUUCUAAAUAUUCUUUACAGAAGAAAGUGAGUGAAAUGGAACAAAAACUCCAGUUACAGCUUCUGGCUAAAGAAGAUCAUCAGAAGCAACUGAAUGAAAUUGAGAAAUACUAUGCCACAAUAACAGGGCAGUUUGGAUUGGUAAAAGAGAGUCAUGGAAAGUUAGAACAAAAUGUACAGGAAGCAAUACAGUUAAACAAAAGACUUUCAGCUUUAAAUAAAAAACAAGAAUCUGAAUUAUGCAGUUUAAAAAAGGAACUAAAAAAAGUAACCUCAGACUUGAUAAAGUCCAAAGUCACAUGGCAACAUAAGAUGGGAGAAGAAAACAUUAAUUUAACAAUUAAAGAACAAAAAAUUCAGGAACUUCAAGAAAGACUCAACAUGGAAUUGGAAUUAAAUAAGAAGAUUACAGAAGAGAUUACUCAUAUUCAAGAAGAAAAACAGACCCUUGAAAGAGAUAAUGAGCUGCAAAGGGAGAAGUUAAAAGAAAAUGAAGAAAAGUUCCUUAAUCUUCAAAAUGAGCAUGAGAAAGCAUUAAGAACUGGGGGAAAGCAUUGCAUAAAAAUUUACUGUGUUCUCAUCAUGACAGAUAUACAGCAUACUGAAAAAAUCUCCAAGAAUGAAAUUGAUCCUAGUGUACCUCAAGAUGAGAAGCAAAGCGAAAUCUCUAUAAGCAAAACCCUCUGCAUAGAAAAAGAAUUAAUUAGUCAAGGACAAACCUUGAAUGUUACUGACUUUAGAAAAGCAGCUACUACAGAAAUAAAAGACAAGAUGGGCUUAGAAAGAGACAAUGAAUCCACAGAAUUUAAAUCACCAAAUAAUUCUUUUUUAGAGGCAGAUAUAUCAAUAGAAACAGACAGCAUACACCUAGAAAGAACUGAAGGAUUCGAUGUUCACCGUCCAGAUUUACAUCUGGAGGUUGAAAGUAACAGAAUAUCAUUUAACAGUGUCUUAAAUGAGAUGGCUCACAGUACAAAUCAUAAAAAAGAUGUUUCUGAACAACGGUUUAGAUUGCUUCCAGAGACUCAAGAAAAUGCUACAAAGAAGACAAUUACAAACAGUGACCAAGCCAAAAUAGAUUUGGAUUCAUCUCUGGAUGUAAAAAAGAAUCCUGUUCAGUGUCGAAGAUACAAUUUACAUGACUCAAGUAAUGUUAUAUUAGAUGAUAAACAGUGUAAAAUAGAACAAAUACAACUGGUAAAUAAUAAAAGUGAGUGCAGCACACUACCACUUAAACAAACUUCAGAUGUUCAGCAAAUCUGUAAGGAUACUUCAGAGAAGCCUGGACUAACUAUUCCCUAUGACAUUGCAGUUGAAUACCCCAUUUCAUCUGCAGUUUUCAGUGAUAAUCUUAAAGUAUUUCUUAAGAAUUCAGAUACAAAUGUUAAUAUGAUGCCUAUAUUGGUGAAACCAAACUCAAGCCCUGGGAAAAGAGCUGUAUGUAAAAAUCUGAAUGACUCACAAAGUCCAUUUAAGGACUGUUUGGGAGAUUUAGAAAACAGUAUGAACAUUUCUCAACUUCAAGUUAACAAUGAGAAUAUACAUACCUCACAAGCCAAAGAUAUGAAAACUGCUGUUCACAUGAAAACUUCCACAGAAAUGCAGUUUUCCAGUAAAGAGAGUCACAUUGAUGAGAAUCAGUUAACUGAAGCUACAAAAAAUGACCUUUUCCUGUUUGUGGAUGUUAAUGAAAGACAGCAUACAUUGUUAAAUAAUACUGAGAAAACAGAGUCAUUAAAUGACAUCGUUUCAGGAAAAAUUUACAGUGAAGGACAGCUGGAAGAAUCAUGUUCAUUUCACAUAAAGCCAUCUGGAGAUUUAGUAAACAGAAGUGGAAAGUCAGCCUUUGAUCUUUCAACUUCAGAUAAAAAAACUGAGAAAACUCCAGUAUAUGUGAAUUUUUUAGACCCCAGUUCUUGGUCAAAAGUAAAUCAAAAUGAAAGUCAAACAGUGAGCACUUCAACUUCUGGCAUUCCCUUGUUGCUGAAUGAGAGACCAAUAGGCCCAUCAGAAAACGAAAAGAUUGUUUCAAUGACACUUUGUAAAAAUGUCAGGAAGGAUAUUGGGCCAGGUAAGAAAACAAGCUUUAUGUUUACUUUAAAAAAUUAUUAUUUCUGUUUAGUAUUCUUGGUAAAAAUUCUCCAGAUUGUUCAAAAUGAAAACAUGUUAGUAUUUUUUUUUCCUAAACCUAAAAUACUCCCUAUAUAGUAAAAGUAAAGGCUUUAUUUAGAUGAAGAUGGAUUUUUAACCUAAAUCUGAACCAGUUUUGUCAACAUAUACUGAGGCACAAUUGCAUUUUGGAAAUUAAAAAAAAA